AUGAGACCUCCUACACUCCAGGCCGACCUCUACAUGAGACCUCCUACACUCCAGGCCGACCUCUACAUGGGACCUCCUACACUCCAGGCCGACCUCUACAUGGGACCUCCUACACUCCAGGCCGACCUCUACAUGAGACCUCCUACACUCCAGGCCGACCUCUAUAUGGGACCUCCUACACUCCAGACCGACCUCUACAUGAGACCUCCUACACUCCAGGCCGACCUCUACAUGAGACCUCCUACACUCCAGGCCGACCUCUACAUGAGACCUCCUACACUCCAGGCCGACCUCUACAUGAGACCUCCUACACUCCAGGCCGACCUCUACAUGGGACCUUCUACACUCCAGGCCGACCUCUACAUGAGACCUUCUACACUCCAGGCCGACCUCUACAUGAGACCUCCUACACUCCAGGCCGACCUCUACAUGGGACCUCCUACACUCCAGGCCGACCUCUACAUGAGACCUCCUACACUCCAGGCCGACCUCUACAUGGGACCUCCUACACUCCAGGCCGACCUCUACAUGAGACCUCCUACGCUCCAGGCCGACCUCUACAUGAGACCUCCUACACUCCAGGCCGACCUCUACAUGAGACCUCCUACACUCCAGGCCGACCUCUACAUGAGACCUCCUACACUCCAGGCCGACCUCUAA